AUGGAUGAUUAUGUAGGGGAAGAUGUGUACAAGAAUCGUGUUUGUAUAUUGACUACUGCUCAACAAAUAAUCUCUGAUACGGUGAAGGUUAGGGUGGAUGGUAAAUUGUUUAAUAUCAGAAUUAAAGAAGCCCCGGGGUGCACUCCUUCUUUUGUUUCAGAUACUCCGAAAUCUGAUCCUGAAGGUUGUGAAGAGAGGAAUGUUUUGGACGGUAAUGAUAAUGAUACUGGGACUAAUUCUUCAACUGGUAAUGCUGAAGAAUCGUUGGAUCCGUUUGGUAUAUAUGAAACAAUGGAAAGAAUGAAGGCGGAGGAGAGAAGAAAUAAAAUAUCAACAGGUUAUCAUGGUUGGGGUAAAUCUAAAAAGCAUAUGAAUGACGCUCAAGAAUUGGAAGGGCAAAAUGGGAAUAAAUCUGCUCGGUGA